AUGGCCUCCAAGCCAGGCCCUCUCACCAGGUGGCCAUGGCACGACCUCGGAAACUACAAGUACGCGCUGGUGGCUCCCUGGGCGGCGUACAGCACCUACAGCUUCGCGGCGGCGAAGGUGAGAGGCGAGGAAGGCGACUUGCUCAGCUUCUUCGUGCUCCCCACGGUGCUCCUCCGGCUGCUCUACACCCAGCUCUGGAUCUCCAUCUCCCGCCACCAGACCGCCCGCUCCAAGCACCGCAUCGUCAGCAAGAGCCUCGACUUCGACCAGGUCGACAGGGAGAGGAACUGGGACGACCAGAUCAUCCUGACGGCGCUGCUGUAUUAUGUGGUCAACUCCUUCAUGGAGAUGACGCAGGGCCUGCCGUGGUGGAACUCCGGCGGCCUGGUGCUGACCGUGCUCCUCCACCUCGGCCCGGUGGAGUUCCUCUACUACUGGAUCCACCGCGCGCUGCACCACCACUACCUGUACGCCCGGUACCACUCGCACCACCACGCCUCCAUCAUCACCGAGCCCAUCACCUCCGUCAUCCACCCCUUCGCCGAGGAGGCCGUCUACUUCGGCCUCUUCGCCAUCCCGCUCCUCACCAUGAUGGCCACCGGCACCGGCUCCGUCGCCGUCGCCAACGGCUACCUCGUCUACAUCGACUUCAUGAACUACCUCGGACACUGCAACUUCGAGCUCGUCCCCAAAGUCCUCUUCGACAUGUUCCCCCCUCUGAAAUUCCUCAUGUACACCCCAUCGUUCCACUCGCUGCACCACACGCAGUUCAGGACCAACUACUCCCUCUUCGUGCCCUUCUACGACUACCUGUACGGCACCAUGGACAAGUCGAGCGAGGACCUGUACGAGCGCACGCUGCACGGGAGGGAGGAGGCGCCCGACGUCGUCCACCUCACGCACCUCACCGCGCCGGGCUCCCUCCUCCACACCCGCCUCGGCUUCGCCUCCGUCGCCUCCGCCCCGCUCGUCUCCCGCGGCACGUUCACGGCGGCGCUGGCAGUGGCGGAGCUGCCGCUCGCCGUGCUGGCGUCGUUGUUCGGGAGGACGGCCUUCCGGUCGGAGGCCAACAGGAUGGGCAAGCUCGGCGUCGAGACGUGGGUCGUGCCCAGGUACUCCUCCCAGUACACGUCGAAGAAGGACGGGUACGCGGUGAGCCGGCUGAUCGAGAAGGCGGUGUCUGACGCCGAGGCAAGCGGCGCCGCAGUCCUCACGCUGGGCCUCUUGAAUCAGGGGUACGAGAUGAACAGGAACGGGGAGCUGUACGUGAUCAGGAACCCCAGCCUGAAGACGAAGAUCGUCGACGGCACCAGCCUGGCCGUCGCCACCAUCCUCCACACGAUCCCUCGCGGCGCCAAGGACGUGCUCCUGCUCGGAAAGGAGAGCAAGGUCGUGUGCGUGCUGGCUCAAGCCCUGUGCGAACGGGAAAUUCAGGUUCGUGUGGCGGACGAGCAUCUCCACGAGGCUCUGAAGCAGCAGCUGCGUCCGGAGCUGCAGCGUCACCUGGCUCUGUCUCGCAGCUACAGCAGCAAGGUGUGGCUCGUCGGCGACGGGCUGACGGCGCUGGAGCAGGAGAGGGCGCAGCCGGGCGUCCACUUCGUGCCCUACUCCCAGUUCCCUCCCAUGAACACCCGCGCCGACUGCGUGUACCACUCCACGCCGGCGCUCGUCGUGCCGGACUCCUACGAGAACCUCCACGCCUGCGAGAACUGGCUGCCGAGGCGGGUGAUGAGCGCGUGGCGUGCGGCGGGGAUCGUGCACGCGCUGGAGAGGUGGGGUGGCCACGAGUGCGGCGACGCCGUCACCGGUGUCGACAAGGCGUGGCGCGCCGCCCUCGCGCACGGCUUCCGUCCCUACGACGUUCGCUGCCAACACCACGUCGACGCAAACAUGCAAGCAGCUGCGGAUGCGAACUGA